AUGUUUCUGCGGGAGAAGAGUGAUGGUCAAGUGCAAGAUGAGAGACGGCCGAAGACGAGUUACUUCUUCCUACCUGGGAAGGAGCGCGAUGGGUUGGUUGAGAUCAUUCCGAGGACUUUGUCGAUUGAGCAUGCAAAGCAUGGUGAUGUGAUUGAGGAGGGUCCGGUGUCACCGGUCUAUCCGAAUGAUGUCGAGGCUCCGUUGACCGUGGGGAGUCUUGCGUUCAACGAGUGGAGACAUUCUGCACUUUUACCAGUGUCAGAUAUCCAUCCGGCGCGCAGACCGGGGACUCGGGGUUCUAGCAUCUACAGUGAAGAUGGCAGGUUCGAAGAUUGCGCUUCCAGCACGCACAGUCAAGAAGGCCAACAGCCGGGAGGACCUGACACCACAAAACCAGCACGGCGGCGACUAAGAACGAGGUCUUUGUUAUCGCUGGCGAAGAGGUAUUCUACACAUGAUGACGGCGUUUCAUUUUCCAGCGGUGAUGAUUGCGGAGGAUCGACGUCGAUUCUGGGUAAGGAGGAUGAUGCGCUGCAAGUCGACGACUCGAGUACAGAAAGUCGAGACAAGAAGGCUGUACUUCCACAGCGCCAUCCAAGCAGGACAGGGACGGUCAGCAGUGUCUCUAGUCCUCCAACUGAGUCUAGGAAUAGCUGGGAUUCUACGGCUUUGCCGCGACUACGAGAUGAGCGGUAUCGAGAAGUCUCGCCAUUGCCGUCUGCGAGCAAGCGUCGGUCGCAAGAGGUCGCCUCUGAAACCUGGUGGAGGGAGAGCUCCAUUCUCUCGCGUGAUUCGGUGAUAAAUCCAUCGACGAUGGAGACCUCUCCCAAACCCGUCAGACAAGGGUUCCCGCUUGGCCGCCGUCCAAGUUCCUGUUCAUGGGUCACCAUUGGAGCGGUCGUGAACGAGCGGACGUCCAUCAGCAGCGACGAGCGAGAGAGUACAGAGUCUAGUGUCCCACGAGGGAGGCAGCGUGGUCGGUCGCUGUCCGUACGAGAAACGAUAGAGAGAGAUGCGGCAGCGGCGGCACUCUCCUCACUAGUCCGCAUGUCAUCGCCGUCGUAUGAUGAUAUCGACCCGAGGCAAGAUGGGAUGCAGUUACCACCUUUGUUGCUGCCUGAACUGCCCGAUGAGCAGAAAUUGUCCUUUUAUGCGCGAUGUGGGCAUUUCGAGACGGAUCCAGAGUUGAUCAGAGGUGGACAGGAGCUUCGGGGCUGGUGUCCAGACUGCUCCAAACUUAAGCGGAGCAAGCGAACGGUCGUCAAAAGGGAGUUGAAGUCUAUGUUGAAAUUGAGAUCGAUCGAGGAGUAA